AAUGUUCACUAAUUAAAUGUAACAACCAAACACAUCAUAUGGACCUAUGCCAACUUAAUUUGCUUAAAAUUAAAAUCGAAAUUCUUAAUAGCCUUCUCUAGGCCCAAAUUAGAAGUAAAUCUAUCCUUAAAUGGUAUUAUUGUUGACUUAUAAAAUUUAAAUAGAUUCCUCCUUAAUAACCUUAAAACAUUCCUUAAAUACCAAAUAGUGUUCCUCAACCAAUUAAUUAAUCAUAGUAAUAAAUUAGGCCUAAUGUCAUUUCAAAUAGAAUGAUACCAUAACAAGUAAAAAAUAUUGAUCUUAUUAGACUAGGAGCCUCUUAGAUCAAUCAGAAAUUAAGUAUAACCAUUUUAAUAGUCACCUUAAAAAUAUAUGAAUAUUGAUAACCCAUUAUCAAUUAGAAACUAGAAUAAUUUAUCCCCUUAAGGUCCAGCAUCACAUAAAAGUAAUGCCAAUCAUUCUGGAUAAAAACCUGCAUUUGUUGAAUAUUAUCCACCAGUUUAUGUUCCUCAUAUUGAACCUAUGAUUACAUAAACAGUUGUUGACAAUCCUAUUAAAGUGGUGGAUUUAAUGAAAUUUGAAGAAAUGUGGAUGAAAAGAAUGCAAGGAAUAGAAGAAUUAUUAGCAACAAAACAAUAACCAGUAGAACCAGAAACAUUAGAAUUAAGGGCAGUGUAAAAUGAUGAUAGUGAAAGAGUGAUUGAACUUGAAAAUGAGUUAUUUAGAACAAAAUAAUUAGUAGAAGAUAGAGAUAAGGAAAUUAUGGAUCUGAAAUCUUAAUUAUAAUCUGCAAUUGAACAAUUGGAUUUUGAAAAUUGUAUAUAUAAAUAAUAAAUUUUAGAAUAAAGCAAGAACUCAGCUGCCAUGUUGAUAUCUGAAUUAUAAAUGAAAAUAACUAAUCUUUAAUCAACAAUAGUAAAUAUUUAACUAGAACUUAAAUAAUCUGGUUAAAAUUUGGAAAAGUAUAAAUUAGAAAAUGUUUAAUUGAGAAAUGAUGUCUAAAAUUAUAUAAUGUAAUGUUAAAUAAAAGAUGAGACAAUUCUGAAAUUGAACCAGUAAUUAAAAUAAUUAAAUUUGGAUCUUUGUACAUUAUUUCAUUUUAUAAUUUUUAGAAUCAAAUCAGAAUGGAUCUUAUACAUAAGUAACUGAAUUAUAAAUACAAAUAACAACAUACUAAUAAACAAUUUCUAAUUUAAAAAAUGAUUUAUUAUUGAAUGCUUAAUUAAUAGAAAAAUUACAAAGAGAAAAUGGAUAAUUAAGAUUAGACAUCUAAAAUUAUAUUGAUAAAUGCAAUGAAAAAGAUGAUUAUAUUUAAAAACUAGAAUAAGAAUUAUCAGAAUUAAAUUAACAAGUAGAUUAAUUAUCUGAAGAAAUUACAACAACUUAAUCAGUCAAAACAUAUGAAGAAGAAGCUAAAAUUUGGAAGAAAAAGUUCAAAGAACUGAAUGAUGUUUAUCAUUCAUGCUAAGAGAAACUUAUGGUUAAGGAAGCAGAAUAUGAAUCAUUAUAGAAAUAAUAAAGUUCCUAAAAAAUAGUAACAUAAACCACAGUAGUCUAAUAACAUAGUUCCAGAUAAGUUAAAAAUGUAAUAUUUUACAAUAUAAUUUAAAGGAUUCUGAUUAUGUUUCAAGCAGUUUAACUUAAAAUGAUAUUGAAAAAUUGCAGAAUUUGUAAAAACCAUUAUAAUUAUGAUA